AUGGCCGCCGUUGUCGUCGACGAGGCGAACAAGCCCCAGUUCACCAGAACUCAGGGCUUUGUGCUUGCAACCACGAUUGUCAUGACACAGUUCGUCCAGAUGGCUCCCUUUGGUGCGGGCAUCAAUGGUGCGCUUGCGAUUGGAAAGCAGUUGGGAGCAACUGAAUACAGCUCAGCAUGGAUUGCGGCCAGCUAUCCGCUCACUCAAGGGGCGUUCGUGCUCAUGGGUGGGCGGCUCGGAAUGAUAUUCGGGCACAAGAACAUGGUGUUGAUCGCGGGGGUCUGGUGGGUGAUAUUCUCACUCGUAUCCGGGUUCACGAGGAACUUCAUCGCCCUCUGUACGCUGCGAGCGCUCACCGGCAUUGGCGGGGGCAUGAUGGUGCCCAACUCGAUCGCGCUGUUGACCAUUACUUUCCCGCCCGGGCGAAUGCGAAACAUUACGGUCGCUCUUUUCGGUGCCAUGGCUCCGUUGGGCGCAUCGGGAGGGUGCGUGCUUCCGGGGCUGCUUGUCCAGCUUGUGCAUUGGAAAUGGUUGUUCUUCUUUCUAGCAAUGUUCGGAGCAGCCGUAUUCACGUUGUUUUAUUUCGUCGUGCCUUCCGAGGGCGAGCCCUUUGACAAGCACGGAUCAUUCGACUACCUUGGGGCUUACUUGGCGACGACGGGCUUGAUAAUGUUCAAUUUUGUCUGGAAUCAAGCUCCUGCUGUCGGAUGGGACGAGCCCUACGAGUACGUCCUCCUCAUCAUGUCGGUGCUUCACAUUGUCGGGUUCUUGAUCUGGGAGGCGAAAUUUGCCAAGCACCCAAUCCUGCCGUUCGACAUCUGGAAGGCGCCAUCUUUCCUGGCCAUGAUAAUCGCCACGUUCUUCACCUUCAUGGCCGUUGGCGUCCACGUAUGGUACACCACGUUAUGGAACAGCAACAUCCGGGGGUUCAGCAUGCUACUGGUCGCCGCGGCGUGGCAACCGCUGACCAUCUUCGGGACCAUAGCCGCCUUUCUAAGUGGCAAGAUCGUGAGAUACAUCUCCGCCCAGUACAUCAUGGCAAUGGGCUCCAUUGCCACGAUAGUCGCCAUGGUCCUCAUCGCCACCCAGCCAAUUCCCCAGACCUACUGGGCACAGUGCUUUCCCUCAACCAUGAUCCUCUCGUUCGGACCCGACUUUAUCUACACGGCCGCACAGAUCAUCGCCUCCAAUGCCGUCAAGCGCAAACAUCAAGGGAUAGCUGGCUCGUUGAUCGGCACGGUCGCCUCCUACGGCUUGAGUACGGGACUGGGCUUCGCCGCGACGGUUGAAGCAUACACUAAUGAUGGAGGAGGGAAGCCCGUCCAGGGGUAUAGACACGCAUUGUGGCUUGGCGUGGGGAUCGCUGGGGCGGCGACGUUCCUUGCGCUUGCAUUUGUCCGGAUCCCCAAGGAUGAGAGGGAUGGGUGGGAUGAGGAUGAGACGGAGACUGAGGUGGGGGUUGAAAAUGCUAGGCACGUCGCAGAGCCUACGCAGGGAGAAAAAGCUGUCCCGCCAUCUUGA